UGGUUUUAUUUUUGGCGGCAAAAAAACGAGAGAAAAAGAAAGGAUACAGUGUUUCAAAGCAAGGUGUGUGUGGUGUUUUAUUUUAUAGGCGCGCGCUUCCGAGCGUCAGGAUCAAGUGUGACAUCACUAGACACACGCGGCUUUUACAGACUGAACCAGGAAGUGUGAGCUGCUGUAAGUGACUGUGUGAGUUUAUUUUUCAGUAAAAUGGCAGAAGCGAAUAUUUUAGGACUUCAGGAUCAGUUCAGCUGUCCAAUCUGUCUGGAUCUACUCAAGGAUCCAGUGACUAUUCUCUGUGGACACACUUCCUGUAUGGUGUGUAUUAAUGGCUGCUGGGAUCAGGAGGAUCCGAAGGGAGUCUAUAGCUGUCCUCAGUGUAGACAAACCUUCAAUCCAAGACCUGUUGUGGGUAAAAACACUGUUCUGGCAGAAGUAGUGGAGACACUGAAGAAGACGGGACUCCAAGCUACACGUCCUGCUCACUGUUCAGCUGGACCUGAAGAUGUGGAGUGUGAUUCCUGCACUGGGAGAAAAUCCAAAGCCAUCAAGUCCUGUCUGGUGUGUCUGGCCUCUUUCUGUGAAACUCACCUCCAGCCUCACUAUGAAUCUCCUGCCUUUAAGAAGCACAAGCUGGUGGAAGCCUCCAGACGACUCCAGGAGCAGAUCUGCUCUCAGCAUGACAAACUGCUGGAGGUUUACUGUCGCACUGAUCAGCAGUGUAUCUGUGUUUUGUGUAUGUUACAUAAACAUAAAGGACAUGGUACAGUAUCAGUUGCAGCAGGACGAGCUGAGAAACAGAAGAAGUUGUUGGAGAUGCAGGGAAAUUACAAACAGAGAAUCCAGGAAAGAGUGAAGGAGCUUCAGGAGCUAACAAAGGCUGUGGAGUCUCACAAGGGCUCUGCCCAAACAGCAGUGCAGGAAAGUGAGAGGAUCUUUACUGAGUUGAUCAAAACCAUUGAGAAAAGACUCGAUGAGGUGACAGCACGGAUCAGAGCUCAGGAGAAAGCUGCAGUGAGUCGAGCUGAAAACGUCAUGAAGCAACUGGAGCAGGAGAUUGCAGAGCUGAAGAGGAGAGACGCUAAGAUGGAGGAGCUUUCACACACAGAGGAUCCCAUUUAUUUCCUCCAGAAUUUCCGUUCUGUCUCGGCUCCUCUUGGGUGUGCAGACUUACCCGCCGUCACAGUGAAUUCUCACCACACUUUUGAGGAUGUGAUAAAGUCUGUGUCUCAAGUGAGAGAGAAGAUAGAAAAACACUGUAAAGAGGAGAUUGAGAAGAUUUCAAGUGAAUUCAAGAAAAUUCGGCUUAUUCCUCCACAAAACAGAGAAGAGUUCCUAGACUAUUACUGUCAGUUCACACUGGAUCCCAACACAGCAGGGUAUCCCCUCCGUCUGUCUGAUGGAAACACAGUCGUGACCUCGUCAUCAGGGUCAUAUUAUGAUCCUUCAGUUGGUCAUCAAGUGAUGUGUAGUGAGAGUGUGCAUGGAUGCUGUUACUGGGAGGUGGAGAGGACUGGGAAUAAUGAGGUUUCUAUUGCGGUGUCCUAUAAAUACCUCGACUGGAAGGGAAGUGGUAAGGAGUGUGAGUUUGGACGCAAUGAUAAGUCCUGGAAUUUGCUGUGCUACUCCACUCAUUGCUCAUUCCUGCACAACAACCAAGAAACUCAAAUCUCCAUGAGCCCCAGCCCCUCUAGAAUAGGAGUGUUUGUGGAUUACAAGGCAGGAACUCUGUCUUUCUACAGCGUCUCUAACGAUAAGCUCCUCCACAAAAUCAAGAAUAAAUUCACUCGGCCUCUUUACCCUGGGUUUAGCCUCAAAUCCUAUUCCACUGUAAAACUAUGCCAUACAAAAUAGAGAUCUUUGGAAGCUAAAACCCUGUAAGGUACACGUUACAGUGCUGGUCAGUAAAUAAAACUUCAGGAUGUGCUGUUACAGGAAAAUAAUCAACUUAUGGUGGUAAAAGUAAGUCAUGUUGGGUUCAACCUGUAACAGCACGUCCUGAAGUUUUAUUUAUUCUUAAUACAAAGGCAGCCUGCCAAUGCUAAGUUAUUGUUGUUGUUGUUAUUGUUAUUAUUAUUAUUAUUAUUAUUAUUAUUAUUAUUAUUAUUAUUAAGGACCAAUGUGUUAUCAUUUGAUCUGUUUCUACUUGCAUUUGAGUUGUGAAAUGCCCUCAAAACAAACUAGUUCCUGUUCUCACUUGUUAUAGCAGCUAUAAAAAAAUAUUCAGUCUUUAGAAUAAGAGUGUGUGAAACAAUCGUAUCCUCUACAUGAUCAUAUGUGUG